AUGGCUCUGGGUGUCACUCUCAAGGUGGGCUUCGCCCUGCUGGCGGCCUCCCUGCUGGGCUUCGCCUCGCCGGGCGCCGCUGCCGCCGCCACCGACCGCUAUGAGGUCGACCUGCCGGCCGACUACACCGGCAUGCCGGACGGCCUGCCCGCCUACGCCGGCCCCGAGCGCCUGCACCCCGCCGAGCCGAUCCGCUCGCACACCGGGUCGCGGUUCUACCGCGUGCAUGUGCAGUCGCAGCGCGACGCCGCGGCUCUCGCCGAGGCGGCCGAGGCCCUCCACCUGGACCUGAUGGGGUCGAUCGCCGUCCCCGGAGAGAUCAACGUCCUGGUCCCGGCCGACUCGCUGGUGCCCUUCCGCCGGCUGUCGCUGCGUGCCAACGUCCUCGGCGGCCACGCCGACGCCGCGCAGAUGAUCGAGGCCGCGCGGGUGGAGAAUGACCGCGCGCGCUUCGAGUCCUUCGCCACCCUGCAGCAGGUCGGCAUCGAGCGCUUCGGCCUCGGCGUCGACAACGACCCCUGGUACGACGCGUACCACAGCCUGAACGAGACGUACGCCUGGCUGGACGACCUGGAGGCCGCCUACCCCGCCGGGGGUCUCGUCAGCGUGGAGCGCGUCAGCGCCGGGCGCACCUACCUCGGCAAUGACCAGGCCGGCGUCCGGAUCAAGGUCCGCGGCGCGACCCCGCGCAAGGCGGCCGUCAUCAUCGGCGGCGAGCACGCUCGCGAGUGGGUCACCAUCCCCACCGUGCAGGGUGUCCUGCAGACCUUCCUGGAGCGCGCGGCCGCCGGCGACCAGGAGAUCCUGGAAUACCUGAGCAAGAUUGACUGGCACUUCUUCCCUGUCUUCAACCCGGACGGCUAUGACCACUCCUGGACCAGCGACCGGCUCUGGCGCAAGAACCGCGUCCCCAACAAGGGCUCCGUCUGCGUCGGCACCGACAUCAACCGCAACUGGGGCAAGAACUGGAACACCGGCGGGUCGUCGCCGCAGCCCUGCUCCGACGCGUACCACGGCACCGGGGCCUUCUCGGCGCACGAGUCGCGCAACAUGAACAACUACCUGAUGGCCCUGCAGCGCACCGGCGUCCAUGUCCUGUCCUUCAUCGACCAGCACGCCUACAGCCAGCUGUGGAUGUAUCCCCCUGGCUUCACCUGCUCCGAGGUGACCCCGGAGCAUGACCUGCUCGAGGCCGUCGGCACCGCCUGCGCGGACGCCAUCUACCAGGCUGGCUUCCAGACCGUCUACAAGGCCGGCACCAUCUGCCGGAUCAUCUACCAGGCCAGUGGCGGGUCCGUGGACCACACCUACUACAACCUGGACAUCCCCUUCUCGUAUGCCAUCGAGGGCCGCGAUGUCGGCCGCCACGGGUUCGAGCUGCCCCCGGCCCAGAUCCGCCCUUCGGUCAUUGAGACCUUCGAGGCGUACCGCGUCCUGGGCCGUGCCUUCCUGGACUACUAG